AUGGCCGACGAGCCGUUGUUGCCGGAGGAUGGCGCUUCGAUCUCGCUCGAGACACCACUGUUCAACGUCGCCGAGAAGGACGAGCCUCUCAUCCACAAGGCGGUCACCAAGAGAUCACAGGAGGCGCCCAGCGUGCGGCCAUCUGCGGAGGAGUACGGAUUGUUCGUCUCGUCGGCGUGGAGGCUGUGCCAGAGCAACCCGAGAGAAUGGCUGCGACAGGAGCAGCGAAACAUGUCGAUGUAUCGCACCGGCGCUGGAGUGCACAAGUCGUCGUCGAUGAAGACGAUGUCGCCCAUCAGGAAAGCUAUGAGCGUGCCGCGGCCACGACCGAAUCCCGCUGGAACACCUCAGCGACAGAUCCAACGCCCUGCGAGAGCCCCUAAAGCUACACCGAAGCUUGCCGCUCUUGAUGGCUUUGAGCGCCAACUCUACACUCCACCGCGCUCCUCUGCCGAUGGCACCCCUGCGCCCACCCGCCAGCGGCUCACAGCACCUACUCGGGAAGACAGCAACUUUGAAGCCCUGCCCGACCUGACGCCGCCGCUCGAGAGCUUGCCACCGCACAAUCGCUCGCUUCAGAUGGACUGGCGAGGCAACCCUCUGUCGAUCGAGCACGAGCCUCACUUUGAGAAGCUCCACCCGGCUGAAGCCAAGCUGGCGUCCACACUGCGCCUCACCCCAGCCAUCUACCUUAGCUCGAAGCGGAGGAUCUUCAUCGAGAAGGUUCGACGGACACAGAUCGGGAAGGAGUUCAGGAAGACGGAUUCGCAGAAGGCGUGCAAGAUUGACGUCAACAAGGCAUCGAAGCUGUGGACGGCUUUCGACAAGGUUGGCUGGUUCGAGCGCAGAUGGAUCGAACCGCACAUGGACAAGGAGAUUACCAUCGAGCCAUAG